AUGCCAAUGAAAAUCCUAGAUCUGGGAGGGGAGAUUGAAGAUAUAACAAGUGUGAAGGUUAGAUCUCUCCUAAAAUUGGCUAUGCUCCUAAUGCUAGCCCUAGCUGUGAUUGCAAGUAGUUUCAAUUGGAGAAGGGUGGUUGGUGCUUUUCUGUCUCUGAUGAUACUAUCGAGAGGAGCAGGAAGUUUUGGUUUGAUUGAUUUGUUGCUUCUAAGGAAGCUGUUGAAGAAUGGACUGCAAGGGCACGGGAGAUUGCAGUUGGUGCUGGCAAACACCAACCAUGAGAAGUCAUGCCUAAGAUCCCCUCAUGAGAGGCAAAGAAGUGAGUGUACUGAUGAGGAAUCAGAGUUGUCCACCAUGACAAUGCCUUCUCUACUGCGAGCUCUGAAACCAGGCAAGGGUGAGUUUGAGAUAGUUAAUCGGUGCUGA